UGUCACUCAAUGUUGACGACAUAUAUAUGCUUAAUAUCAAUUCACAGAAAAUGUAAGCAUUUUGGGGCCACAAAGAGGUUUGUGCACUUGAACAACACAUGUACAUUUGUUAGCAUUACUAAAGAAUUGCAAGCAUGCAACUGAAACAUGCCAGCGAAAUUAUGAAGAGUCAAGAGUGUAAGGUUGGACAAUGGCUGAUAGCACAAUGCUGGAACAUGCGGAUGAAGUCAAUUGACUCCUUACACCAGCAAGACGAAACCACACGACACCCUCGUGCAGAUGAGUUUGCCACUAACAACUAAGACAAGGCUGUAGCAUGCCAGCGACAAAGCAUGAAGAGGGUUAGUCAUCAUGCACAUGAUCAAGGCAUCAAGUUGUCUAUAUCAUCUAACACAAAAAACUCAUCUGCAUAGAUGUAUAUGAAACAUUAAUAUGACAGCAGAGCAACACAAACUUUCCUGGAAGGUGGGUACAAACUCUGAGUGCUUGAACUGAAAAGGUUCCACUAAAUGAUAGCUUGAGCAUGCAACUAUGUGAAGAGCCAUCAUCAAACUAUACCAUUCUUAAUUAGUCCUUGCUGCCAAUUAGUGGAACAUGAGACGACUUUUGUGUUGGGAUCUCUAUGCUUCUGCCAGAUCUCAUGGCUAAUGUAAUGGCAUGAUUCUUCAUGUCUACUAAUCAGAUGCUGCAUCACAGCUGUAUACAUAUUAUCUUCUGUAUAAAUAGGCGUCAGCAGAAUGGUAGAUGCAUCAAACUAGAAGCUCUUCUUUCCUGCUCCUCUCUUAACCACAACACAGAGAAAAUCUUCAAGAUCAGAUAUGGCUUUCCACCAAAGAUCAACAAGUUUGCCUUCUAGGCCUCACGUCAGUGAGACAGAAGUCAAGCAGGAGCUCCAUAGCCUAGAAGCAAGCAUCUCUUCCUCCAAUUCCAUCAGCACGAUGUGCGAUGGUCUCAGGACUCUUGCAAACAUCUACGAUGAUCUUGAAGAGAUCAUCUGCCUACCAAGCAACCGAGUUUUCUCCUCCCAGCAGAGGAGGAUGUUGGAUGGAGAAAUGGAAGGUUCUCUCGACUUGCUGGAUCUCUGCAGCGCCAUGCAAGAGAUCUUUGUCGACAUGAAGGCCAUCAUCCAAGAGCUGCAAGUGGCCCUAAGGAAAGGGGAUGAUUCCUCUGCUCAAGCCAAGAUCCAAGCUUACACCCGCUUGGUGAAGAAGGCCAAGAAUCAUUUCAAGAAGAACACGAAGAAGGCUCCUGCAGAUUGUAGCAUGGUCAUGCUGUUGGCCAAGGCCAGAGAGAUCUCUGUGUCUCUCCUGGAGUCCACGGUCCGUCUCUUGUCGAAGCAAAUCGAAAUGCCUAAACAGUCUCUUGUUUCCAAGGCAUUUCACAUCAAGAAGGAAGUUGUCUGCAAGGAGGAGCAAUUGCAGGAGUUAGAUUGCAGUAUCGGAGAUCUUGAGAGUGGAGCAGGACAUCUGUUCAGGAAAUUAGUCCAGAGCAGAGUUUCCCUGCUCAACAUCCUUAGCUCAUAGAUACUCCCAAUUCACUCUUGACGCCCUCCGAUUGGCAUCCGCCUUUUAAGGAAUAGCCGAUCUUCAUACAAUUUUCCCAUAUGUAUACACUAUACUGUAUAAAUGUACAUGAUAGUAUAGAAAGAGAAACCAAGUUUUGAUCAA